CAGGGGAGCUGCCCCUCCUGCCGCAUAAAUGCCAGCUGUCCUGGCACUGGCACUGGCGCCCCAUGGCCUCCUACACUUGCGAUCGAUCAACCCUGCUCCAGCCUGUGCUGGCCUCACCUGAUACGCCCGAGGCACGCCCCCCUCCUCCUCCUCCUGUACACCCAGGCCGAACCCAUGCGUGUGCUCUCUCCUGGUGGACCACAUCACCACGUCACCGUCACCAUGGCAACAGCUGCCUGCCUCCAGGCUCUGCCCGGUGACAGCCCAAACUCCAUCCAGUCCGUUCUGAAAGCGAGCCCCAGCCGGCUCCCUCCCCGUACCAGGUGCAAUGUCCCAGGGGCCUCAGCUCUCCAGGCCUUGAAUCCUGGCUGCUGGGGCUUGUCCUCUGAGUCCACCGUGGGCUCUCUUCUCUGCUGCCAGAGGUCCUUCUCCUUGGGGCUGCUGAAGUGCCUCUCUGGGCUGGCUCUGGCUCUGGCUCUGGAUGGAGUAGGUGUGUGGAGCCUUUUCCUGACUGUGGUGCUUCUGACUGUGCUUCACAUCACUGAGUCUACAUGGCCCAGGAUGGGAGAGGACAGAGGGACCCCAUCUCCCCUGGUGAGCCUGCAGACAACCAAAGGCUAUUCCAAGGAGAGAGCCUGGAGCCAGAGAGAAUGACCCCGGGGACCCAGAGACCCCCAUCCCAGGAGUCGGUGACCUUCAAGGAUGUAGUUGUGCACUUCACCCUGGAGGAGUGGUGCCUGUUGGACCAUUCUCAGAAAGAACUGUACAAGGAGGUCACGCUGGAGAAUGUCCAGACCUUUCUCUCCCUGGGGCUUCCAGUUUCCAGAGAAGACCUGACCUCUUCUCAGGAAGGGGGAGCACCAUGGCUUCUGGAGCCAAAAGGCCCAAGGCACCUUUGUCCAGAUGCAGUGGCCAGGCUUAAAAUGAAAGAGAUGACCACAAACUUGAGCAUUUCUGAGGGAGAAUCUGGCCAGCUAAUAUUCAAGACAGUGUCGCCAAGGAAUGACGGUUUUGAGUACAGUAAAUAUAGGAAAAGCUUUACUGAACAGGUAGAACUUAUUCAGUCCCAUGGGAAGCCUCCUGAAAUACAACUGCAUCAAGGUAAUCAACAGAAAAUGACUUUCAGCUUGAAUUCAGACCUCACUGGACUUCAGAAAAGUGAUAUUGGCAAAAGGCUUCAUCUAUGUAAUGAAGGAAGGAAGGCCUUCAGCCAGAACUCUAAGCUCAUUACUCACCAGAAGACUCACAUUAGAAAGGAGCUUGAUGAAUGUAAUGAAGGUGGAGCAACCUUAUCCCUUCACUCAUCUCUUCCUUAUCAUCCUAGAGUUCAUACUGGACAGAAAACAUGUUCAUGUGAUCAGUGUGAGAAGACCUUUCAUUCCAACUCAGAUCUAGUUAGACAUCAGAAGAUUCAUACUGGAGAGAAGCCUUAUAAAUGUGAUGAAUGUGGGAAGGCCUUUGGCUACAGGUCACGCCUUAUUGGCCAUCAAAGAAUUCACACUGGAGAAAAACGUUAUAAAUGUAAUGAAUGUGGGAAGGCCUUCUGCUACAAAUCAGUCCUUAUUGGCCAUCAGAGAAUUCACACAGAAGAGAAACCUUAUGAAUGUCAAAAAUGUGGAAAGACUUUCCACCAGAGUUGGAAUCUUGCUGUACAUCAAAAAAUCCACACUGGAAAGAAACCUUAUAAAUGUAAUCAGUGUGGAAAGACUUUUUUACAGGGUUCUAGUCUUGUUGUACAUGAUAGAAGCCAUACUGGAGAGAAACCUUAUGAAUGUAGUCAGUGUGGAAAGACUUUCACACGCAGCUAUGUUCUUGUUAGACAUCAGAGAAUCCACACUAGAGAGAAAUAUAAAUGUAAUCAAUGUGAAAAGACUUUCCGAACAAAGUCCAAUCUUGCCAUCCAUCAGAAAAUCCACACUGGAGAGGAAUCUUAUAAAUGUAAACAGUGUGGAAAGACUUUUGCCUAUAAUUCCAGUCUUGCAAAGCAUCAGAGAAUCCACAAUGGGGAGGAACCUUAUGAAUUUAAUCAGUAUGGAAAUACUUUCACAGAGACUGCAAGUAUUGCUAAGCGUCAGAGAAUCCACAAUGGGGAGAAACCUUAUAAAUGUAAUCAGUGUGGAAAGACUUUCACACACAGAUAUGUUCUUGUUGCACAUCAGAGAACCCACACUGGAGAGAAACCUUAUGAAUGUAAUCAGUGUGGAAAGGCUUUCAGAGAGAAUUCCAGUCUUGCUAAACAUCAGAGAAUCCACACUGGAGAGAAACCUUAUGAAUGUAAUCAGUGUGGAAAGGCUUUCACACAGCACUCCAAUCUUUCUGUACAUCAGAGAUUCCACACUGGAGAGAAACCUUAUGAAUGCAAACAGUGCGGAAAGACUUUUGUACAUAGUUCCAGUCUUUCUAAGCAUCAGAGGUUCCACACUGGAGAGAAACCUUAUGAAUGUAAUCAGUGUGGAAAGACUUUCACACACAGCUAUGUUCUUAUUGCACAUCAGAAAACCCACACUGGAGUGAAACCGUAUGAAUGUAAUCAAUGUGGAAAGGCUUUCACACGCAGCUCCCAUCUUCUUGCACAUCAGAGAAUCCACACUGGAGAGAAACCUUAUGAAUGUAAUCAGUGUGGAAAGACUUUCACACGCAGCUAUGUUCUUGUUAGACAUCAUAGAAUGCACAGUGGAGAGAAACCUUAUGAAUGUAAUCAAUGUGGAAAGACUUUCCAAACAAAAUCCAAUCUUGCAACCCAUCAGAGAAUCCACACUGGAGAGAAACCUUAUGAAUGUAAUCAGUGUGGAAAGACUUUCACAGAGAAUUCCAGUCUUACUAGGCAUCAGAGAGUCCACACUGGAGAGAGACCUUAUGAAUGUAAUCAGUGUGGAAAGAAAUUCAGAUGCAGUUCUGAUCUUGCUGCACAUCAGAGAAUCCACACUGGAGAAAAACCUUAUUUAUGUUAUCAGUGUGGAAAGGCUUUCACAAAGACUUCCAGUCUUAAUGCACAUAAGAGAAUUCACACUAGAGAGAAACAUUAUGAAUGUAAUCAAUGUGGAAAGACUUUCCAAACAAAAUCCAAUCUUGCUACCCAUCAGAGAGUCCACACUGGAGAGAAACCUUAUGAAUGUAAUCAGUGUGGAAAGGCUUUCACAAAGACUUCCAGUCUUGCUGCACAUAAGAGAAUACACAAUGGAGAGAAACCUUAUAUGCAGUAGCCAGGCUUAAAAUGAAAGAGAUGAUCACAACCUUGAGCAUUUCUGAGGGAGAAUCUGGCCAGCUAAUAUUCAAGACAGUGUCGCCAAGGAAUGACUGUUUUGAGAACAGUAAAUAUAGGAAAAGCUUUACUGAACAGGUAGAACUUAUUGCAAUGAUUGGAAUGAUGCCACCUGCUGGAGACUUACUGUAGGAAAGCUCCACCACGAGGAGAAGGCCUCUGAGGGCAAGGCCAUGUGGUUUUUCUUUGGUGUCAGGAAGUUCUCAUGGGGACUGUCUAUCAGAGCUACCAGCCAAUCAGUUUGAGGCGCCUCCCAUUGCUGGGAAGAACACACGAAGUAGGAAGCAGAUGCUGGCAGAGGAAUUCGUGCCCUUUUGGUUCCUGACCUGGCUGUGGUGGAGGCGAGACUCCAGAGGACUUCACAGGGAAGUGGAGGAAAGAUAGGAUUGCC